UAGAGGGCGCUGCACGCGUUGUUUACGCGACUCCUCGUGACGUAAGGACGCAAGGCGGAAGUGACGACAGAGGCGCGUAAAGUUUAAAUUUGCUUCAGUUGACGGCGGGGACUCCGAGCGUAAACUUGACAUGGCUGAAAACACUUUCCCGGUGUACAAGGUGGAUACAAUUGUGCAGUUCUACCGGACCGAGGUUUUGAUCGGACAGGAGGCUAAGCAUUUUACCAAGAAUGAUAUCACUCCGAACCCAAAGGCCGAAUCCAUCCAGAGACUCUACAUGAGAGUUUUGCAGCUUCUUUUUCGCUUCAGACCCGAGUGCCAUUACGCCGUUCCCUUGUCUGAAAAUGUCCAGCACCCGAUGCUGUACGAGGCGGUGACCCCGGUCAUGAGUGUUUACAUGCGCAUGUGCCAGUUCUUACCACUUUGUCACGUGUUUGAUUUUUCUCUCAAUGACUUGCUCAACCCCAAGAGCAAGCGCACAGUCAUCAUACUGAGUGCAAUCCAGAAUUUCCUGCAGUUCAGGAAGCAGAGGCUGGAGAUAACUGCUGCCCAUCAGCAAUGUUUUCGGUCUGAUAUGGACCGACUCCAGGCAUACACAAGAGAAAUAAAGGAAGCUGAGAGAAAGAUUGACAAACUGACUACCAUACCUCCAGAGCAGCAAGCAGAGGCUAAAGAGCUAGCAAACGCUCUGGCAGAACUGACCACUAACACGCAGCAUGAGUACCAGGAUGUGAGCGCAAUGAAUGAAACGGUUGCACAGUGCAAGACUGAAAUUGCUGAAUUAUCACAGAAAUUGACUCAGAGGAAAGUGGAUGUGGCCACACUGAAGGAUGAGAUCGUCAAGCUCAAGUCUCAAAUUGUGGAGUCACCCGAAGAGCUAAAAAAUGAAAUGGAAAGGAUGAAAGAGAAUGUGAAGAGCAUUAGGAUGUCAAAAGAGCUCGCCGAUGAGAGGUUGGUGGAACUCCAGAUGUUGGUGCAGUGUGCGAGUCAGGUGGAGGCAGAAAUCCAGGUCUUACUCAAACAACUGCAGGACUUACAGAGCAGUAUGUGCAAGACCAACCAGCAAAAAGAGGAGGUCCAGAGUUUAGCGGCCAUGAAUGAGAACUUGCAGAAGGAGCUGAAAAGCCUGAGCAAUGAAGAGGCCCAGCUAAAGAGGGCUCUUGCCAUGAAACUGGACAAGGAGUCUAAACAACAGAUCCGUCGACAGAAGAAAAAAGAGGUGAAGGAUCAGCAAGUCAAAAAUAUUUACGGGCAAUAUGACAAAAUCCACCAGAAACGGGAGGAGAUUGUAAAAAGGAUAGAAGAAAGCAACCGUGAAACCAAACGGUUCAGGGAAAAGAUGCAGAAGCUUAGAGAAAAGUGCAACCAGCAAACUCAAAAGGCCCAGGAAUUCUAUGAGCAUCUUCUCACAACUUUGGAGCAGUACAACAAGAGAAUUGAGGGCAUUGUGGUGGAGACCAAUGCAGACACUUUAAAAAUGAAGUCACACUUCUAAAAUUUCAGUUUUAUACUCUACUGUUAUUUCAAAUUCCUGCCUUUUGUUUAGUGUCUGUGUUUUUGUCAUUUCUAAAUGUAUUUUUCCUUAACAGAAUUGUAUUUGGAUGUUAGGUGGCAAAAAGUUUCUUAUUGGUUUACCUGUACAGGGAAUAGACUUAACUCCUAACACUUGUGGUUCUUUUAUAAAACACAUUUAUUGGUAACAUUUGAAUUUUCCCUGUUCAAAUGAAGCAUUAUUGGAUGCGU